AUGGAGUCUCUCUCGCAAAUCAUCGCCGCUCUGCCGGACGGCGACGGCUGGGGCCCGCCGGUCUCGACCGAGUCGACGCUCAACGGCGUCCCCUAUGCGCCUUUCUCCAAGGGCGACAAGCUGGGCCGCAUGGCCGACUGGACCGUCGACGGCAAGGACACCGGCCGCGGCGGCCGCCAGCAGUACAACCGCUACAACAGAGAUCAACAAGUCUACGGUGCCGGUACCGUCUCGCUGUUCUCCGCACCGCCCGCCGAAGACGAGGGCACCUUCUCCGUUGUCAGCAACGUCCGCGACACCGGCAAGACGAGAUUUGGGCGCGGUGGCGCCGUGUUCACGCGCGGCGGCCGCGGCGGUGCUGGACGUGGCGGCCGUGGCCAGGACGCUCGCGGCGCGCGCACGGCGCUGACGGCCCGCGGCGGUCGGGUGGGUGGCGCGGCGGGCGGCGGCGCGGCGGGCGGUGCAGCAGGUGCACGGGGCGGUGCGUCGAACCGCGGGCGGCGGUUCGGCUGGAAGGACUACGACAAGCCGCAGCGCAACCGCGACGCGUCGGUCAACAUCAAGGCCGACUGGCACCUGAUGGAGGAGAUUGACUACAACCGGCUCAGCAAGCUGAACCUGGACGCGGACGACGGCGAGGACCUGGACUCGUUUGGGUUCCUGUACUACUACGACCGCGCCUUUGACAAGCCGCCGGUCGCCAAGUCGAGCGAGCGCAAGCUGACGGCGCUGGACCGCGCGGCGUACAACGUGACGACGUCGUCGGACCCGGUGAUCCAGGAGAUGGCCGACAAGGGCGAGGCGACCAUCUUUGCGACGGACAGCAUCCUGUCGAUGCUCAUGUGCGCGCCGCGCUCGGUGUACCCGUGGGACCUGGUGAUUGUGCGGCAGGGCGGCAAGAUCUUCUUGGACAAGCGCGACAACGCGGCGCUGGACAUGGUGACGGUCAACGAGAACGCGGCCGACGCGCCGCUCGAGGCGGCCGACGGCAGCAAGGACACGGUCAACCAGCCGGGCGCGCUGGCCGAGGAGGCCACGUACAUCAACCACAACUUUGCCAACCAGGUGGUGCUCGAGAGCAGCGCGGCCGGCGGCAAGGUGCAGAUGGCGCACGCCAACCCCUUCUACAACGCCUCGGAGGAGACGGAGCCGCCGGCGUCCAAGGCCUACAAGUACCGCCGCUUCGACCUGUCGACCAACGACGAGGACCCCGUGUACCUGGUGGUGCGCACGGAGCUCGACGCCGUGCAGAAGAACGCAACCAACGGCGAGGACCAGUUCCUGAGCGUCAAGGCGCUCAACGAGUUUGACAGCAAGGCGCAGGGCUCGGGCGGCGCGCUCGACUGGCGCACCAAGCUGGCCACGCAGCGCGGCGCCGUCGUCGCCACCGAGAUGAAGAACAACUCGUGCAAGCUCGCCCGCUGGACCGUGCAGAGCAUCCUGGCCAAGGCCGACGUCAUGAAGGUCGGCUUCGUGUCGCGCGCCAACCCCAAGACCAACGAUAAGCACGUGAUCCUGGGCGUCGUCGGCUGGAAGCCGCGCGACUUUGCCGCCCAGAUGAACCUGAGCCUGUCCAACGGCUGGGGCAUCGUGCGCACCAUUGCCGACAUGUGCCACAAGCAGGGCGACGGCCGCUACGUCCUGGUCAAGGACCCCAACAAGUCCAUCCUGCGCCUGUACCAGGUGCCGGCCGGCAGCUUUGACGAGGACGAGGAGGACGAGGAGGACGCCGCCGAGGAGGCGGAAGAGGAGUAG